CUGCGCUCCGCCCCGCGGCGGCCGCGCGCGGAACGACUUCCGGCGAGGAGUGCGCGGGGUCGCGGAGGGCCGGCUCCAGCGGCUGCGACGGGAUGACCACUCUCCGGGCUUUCACGUGCGACGACCUGUUCCGCUUCAACAACAUUAACUUGGAUCCACUUACAGAAACUUAUGGGAUCCCCUUUUACUUACAGUACCUUGCCCAUUGGCCAGAGUACUUCAUCGUUGCAGAGGCGCCUGGUGGAGAGUUAAUGGGUUAUAUCAUGGGGAAGGCAGAAGGCUCGGUGGCAAGGGAAGAAUGGCACGGGCACGUCACAGCUCUUUCUGUUGCCCCAGAAUUUCGACGCCUUGGCUUGGCUGCUAAACUUAUGGAGUUAUUAGAGGAGAUAUCAGAAAGAAAGGGUGGAUUUUUUGUCGACCUCUUUGUGAGAGUGUCUAACCAAGUUGCAGUCAACAUGUACAAGCAGCUGGGCUACAGCGUGUACAGGACCGUGAUAGAGUACUACUCGGCCAGCAACGGGGAGCCCGACGAGGAUGCUUAUGAUAUGAGAAAAGCACUUUCCAGGGACACUGAGAAGAAAUCCAUCAUACCCCUACCUCAUCCUGUGAGGCCUGAAGACAUUGAAUAACCAUAAGCAGUGGUUCUUAGGCUGAUGACGCUCCAGAUAGUUUAUGGACAAUAUUAUUUUCAUUAGAUGAUCCUGGAGCUCUAUUAGGAGAAAAGGGAAUCGUUUAGAUCUUAAGGAUUUUAAGAAAAUACAAGUUUAUAGAACGCUUUAAAUCUCGUUUCCAGUUAGCAAUAUCAUACCUCCUAAAACUGUUCACUAUAAUAAAGUUCAACCAAAAAGGCAGCUAGGGCAGAAGGGAACAUUCCACUGUCAUAAUAUUCACAAUAUGCUAGAGAAAAAGCUCACUCCAAUCUCCUAAUUCUGUGCCUGAGAACCACUGCUACAUAGAUAUAUUUUGUAUUGAACUGUUCAUUGAAGCUUUAAAAGCAUUUAUGAAAUAUAUAAAUCUAAGCUGUAAAAUAAAAUGCAUUGUUGACUAUAAA